AUGAGGUAUCCCAAUUUAGUCUUUCUAUCUUUCACGAGUUGCGUUAUAGAUGAUAUUUCUUCAGGAAUACGGUUUCCAAAAUAUCUUCAAAUGUUAGAAAUUCCCCUUAAUAAGAAUAAACAAUUAUUUUCAAUAAUUCUUAAUCACGAAUGCUUAACCCAUUUAAGAAUAUUUCCAUUACAUUCUUUGGAUUUCUUCGAAGAGUUUAAAGAUUUUAAUAUUUCAAACCCCCACAAUAGAAGUAAAAUCAAUAGAUUAGAAUUCUAUUUGGCUUACCCUAUUUAUGAUUCAAAUCUUCCGGUUAAAGUUUAUGAGAAUAUUGAAAAGGCUUUUGGAAAGAGAAUUGAAAGAAUAAGGUCUAGCUGUAAUAUUUUCAAAUUUGAUCUUAGUCGGUCGUAG